UUUAGUUAAAACAAUUGUUUUAGAAAUUUGUAGUUUGUCUCUAUAUUAGAAAAGAUUAGAAGAGAUUAAAAAAAUGUCAUCAAACGAAAAUGAUGAGGAAGUCGUACCUCUCCAUGUAGUUGCCGAAAAGUAUGAGAGUAUUCAGCAAGAUUUUCAAAUGAUGGGAUCCGCUAUAAACUCACUUGCAGAAGAGGAACGUUUCUAUAUGCAGAAAUUGCAACAAAUCCAAGAUGCUUGCUUGAAGAACGGACUGAAUGAUCCACAUACUGCACACAUUGUAAGGUUAUUACUUGCACCUCCACAAUGUCCUCCCGCAACUGGUGAUUUUGGGGAGGCGAAAUCUAAGUUUUUCUUAAACUGUCACGAAUCUAAAAACUCAUCUCAAAAAGAAGAAAAUUCAAAAUCCAAAUUAGUUCCAAACCCAGGAAAGGAAGAUCCAAAUGUCGGACAGGUUCCAGAAAACCGAUUAAAAUUUUGGUAAAGGAUUGGAUUUGCGUUGAACAAUGAAAAGUUUUAAAGUUUGUUGAUUUUUAUAUUUUUGAGUUUCCACGGGUUUUUCUUCUUUUUUCCGAUGGACGUAUAUUAUAAGUUUCGAAAUAAUAAACUGAGAAAUAAAAAUA